AACUAAAUACCACUCAUUUCUUCCUCCCUCCUUUCUUCGAUGGACGGUCGGAGCUUCUCCUGCGAGACGGCCGCCGGAACCUUGGCUUGGAUUAACUCCAUCGCCGGAUUCCUCCGUUCGUACAAGUGGCUGACGGAUGCGCAUCUCGUCAACUUCUUCCAAGAUCGGUUAUGGGAGGAGAUGGACCAUGAGUGGCUCGAUUGCCUUCGCGACGAGCCGGUGGAGAGUCUGCUUCGUAUUCCUUCUGGAUUUGUUAAGGGUAAUUGGCCUGUAUCUCUUCAAGAGUUUGUUGCCACUGCAAGGUCCCUUGCUCUACCUCGGGAAAGAAAGAAUUGGCAAACGGCCCUUGCAUUCAAUUUCCAGCCACUGGACAGUGUUCUUUCACAGGGGAUGAAUAUGAAAAAGAAGCACGAAGUGGAGAUUCUUUCUGCGGUUAUUAAAACGAUUGCGGAUGAUAUUGGUGCAAGAACUGUAAUUGAUGUUGGGGCUGGCCAAGGUUACCUUGCACAGGUUUUAUCUUUCCAGUGUAAACUUCCCGUGGUAGCCUUGGAUGCCUCUCCGCACCAUGGAACUGUCACAAGCAGCCGAGCUGCACGAAUUAGAAAACAUUAUUUAUCUCAGGCACAGAAACUGAAUGGGAGCAGAAAUCUCAAUGUACCCAAGACUGUUACCUGUAACGUUCUAUCAAGUAACGUGUUAACUUCUUUUAGUGCAACCUUGUGUGAGGAAGUUGAUACACUUGUUGAGAAUAGUGGAAACGAUCAUGGAAUACUGAGUCAUAAGACAUCCCAAAAGAAUGCAUCAACCAGCAGACAUGAGAGCAUGAAUCCUUCAUUGCUUCUAGCUGGGCUUCAUGCUUGUGGCAAUCUAUCUGUGAAUAUGCUCAGGACAUUCUUAGACUGCGAAGAAGUUAAAGCAGUUGUGAGUAUAGGCUGCUGUUAUAACCUGCUAUCUGAAGAACAGUCUACAGGCGAUGAACAACAGUGUGGUUUUCCAUUGAGCCAUGGUGUAAAAUCAUCUGGUCUAAUCCUGGGAAAAAAUGCACGCGAUCUUGCUUGUCAGAGUGCAGAGAGAUGGGCAAGUCUCACUUCUGAAGUAGCUUGUCAAAAUUUUGACGUGCAUGCUUUUCGUGCAGCUUUCCAAGUGGCUCUCUAUAAACAUCAUCCAGAUAUUGUGGAAAGAAGUCUGUCAAUAGGGAGGCAAGGGAAAGCUCUGCGAAGGCGACAGUUAGGGAAGGCUUUACAAUCUCAAUUGAUUCUGAGGCGUGAAGGUGUUUCUGAUGCAACUGACAUUGCUUCUCUGAACAAAGAUAAGGAUUUUGAAUGUGCUAAAGUUGAAGAAGUUAAAGAGCAUUUCGAACAAGAGCAUGCUAAUGAACUAAGAGGCAGAUGUAAGCAAUCAGCACACGAGUCAGAUAGUCACUCAAUUUAUAGAAACAACAGAUAUCCCCUUUUUGAAGAUUUUUGCAACUCUGGGCUAAGUCGGCUUGGGCUUGGACCAUCAAAUAUAGAUGUUUACUCUAUUUGGAGAGAAGCACUGCCGUAUUGUGAACUUAUCGGACCAUAUUGGUCUCUCCGUGCAGCUUUAGGACCUUUGGUGGAAACACUUAUUCUGCUUGACAGGCUGUUGUUUCUUCAGGAGCAAGGUAGUUCUGUGAAUGCAAUGUUGUUUCCUCUCUUUGAUCCGAUUAUCUCUCCACGGAACAUGGCCAUUAUUGUCCAGAAAGCCAAUGGAGGUAGAUAAUAUAAUCACUCAGCGUCCCAUUUGCAGUCCAGCCUCUGCGUCCCAUUUGCAGUCCAGCCUCUAGAAUUACUGUAAUACCGCUGCAAUCUUUAUGAGCUUUGCUUCAUAGUCUCCUGACCAUCGCCAUGAUCAAUCUAUAAGGCUAUAACUGUUUUGGCAAUCAUUUUCACUGCCUUGUGUUUGAGUUUUAGUUUUGACAAUUCCUUGUAGGCUAUUCUUGUAUCAUCAUCUGGGACAAUGUUAGUCCAACAUUAUUUACUGUUAAUUUCUUUUACUGCUAA